GUUGUAUUGGAGUGGAGCAGGGACCAGUAUCAUGUCCUGUUUGACUCUUACAGGGAUAACGUGGCUGGGAAAUCAUUUCAGAACAGGCUUUGCUUACCUAUGCCCAUCGAUGUGGUGUAUACCUGGGUGAAUGGCACUGAUGUUGAAUUGAUCAAAGAACUGCAGCAGGUGAGGAAACAGAUGGAAGAAGAACAGAAAACAAUAAGGGAAAUUCUUGGAAAGAAUGUCACUGAGCCAACAAAGAAAAGUGAAAAACAACUGGAGUGUUUAUUGACGCAUUGCAUCAAAGUGCCAAUGCUUGUCUUGGACCCCGCUUUGCCAAACAACAUUACUCUUAAGGACCUGCCAUCUGUCUAUCCUCUGCUGCGAUCUGCCAACAAUAUAUUCUCUGUUGCAAAGCCAAAAAAUCCUUCCACCAAUGUGACGGUUGUUGUUUUUGAGACUGCUAAAGAAGACUACCGAUAAAGAAGUUCCAGGUUUAGUGAUAAUGCAAGAUUUGGUGUUGCUGAAAGGAUUUCCGCUUACUUACAAAGAGACAAACCAGCUAAGAGCAAAGCUGCCAGAAGUCCUCGUUUCCAAAAUAAAACAGUUGCAGCUUUAUUCUGAAGCCAGCGUAGCACUCUUGCAACUGAUUGAUCCUAAGGUUUUCCAAGAGCUGAACAAACAAGCAAAGAAGAAUAUGACUAUAGAAGGAAAAGAACUCACCCUUAAUCCAGCUUAUUUAUUGUGGGAUCUCAGUGCCAUCAGCCAGUCUAAGCAGGAUGAAGAUAUUUCACCCAGCCGCUUUGAAGACAAUGAAGAGUUGCGGUACUCAUUGCGAUCCAUAGAGAGGCACGCCCCCUGGGUACGGCAUAUCUUCAUAGUCACAAAUGGGCAGAUUCCUUCCUGGCUCAAUUUGGACAGCCCUCGGGUUACUAUAGUAACACAUCAGGACAUAUUCCAGAAUAUGAGUCAUCUGCCCACCUUUAGUUCCCCUGCCAUUGAAAGCCAUAUUCACCGCAUUAAAGGUCUGUCCCAGAAGUUCGUUUAUUUAAAUGACGAUGUGAUGUUUGGGAAGGAUGUCUGGCCUGAUGAUUUCUAUAGCCACUCCAAAGGUCAAAAGGUUUAUUUGACUUGGCCUGUGCCCAACUGUGCUGAAGGAUGUCCGGGUUCAUGGAUUAAAGAUGGUUAUUGUGAUAAAGCCUGUAACAACUCUGCUUGUGACUGGGAUGGAGGCGAUUGUAUUGGUAACAGUGUGGGUAGCCGUUACGGUGCUGGUGCUGGAGCUGUUGGAGGUAUAGGAAAUGUCCCCGCCUGGCAAUUUGGUGCAGGAAUAAGUGGAGUUUCUUAUUGCAACCAAGGCUGUGCAAAUUCAUGGCUGGCUGACAAAUUCUGUGAUCAGGCAUGCAACGUUCCCUCUUGCGGAUUUGAUGCUGGUGACUGUGGACCAGAUCACUUUGGUGAGCUGUACAGGGUAACUCUUCAAAAGAAUCAGACUCAUUAUAUCAUCCCGAAAGGUGAAUCUCUACCUUAUUUCAGCUUUGCUGAAAUAGCCAAGAAAGGACUAGAAGGCGCUUACAGUGACAACCCAAUCAUACGCCAUGCUUCUAUUGCUAACAAAUGGAAGACAAUCCACUUGCUAAUGCACAGUGGAAUGAAUGCAUCUGUGAUUCAUUUUAAUCUUACGUUUCAAAGUAAAGAUGAACAAGAAUUCAAGAUGCAAAUAACCUUAGAAGUGGAUACCAGGGAGGAAUCCAAAUUGAAUACAACUGCCACUCAGCAGCCUGAGGGAGAUUUGAAAGCUACAACUUCAGUGCCAGAAGCGGAAAUGAUAUUUGAGGAUAUUCCUGAAGAAAGACGUUUCCCAAGAGUUAAAAAACGUCUCAACGGUACAUUCAAUAAUUUAGAUGAAGAAACGGUAAUUCAGGCAGUUAAUAUGUCUGCGCUUCCUGAAGAUGUAAAGAUAGCUCUGCAGAAUUUGGAACUUCAGCUGAUAGUUGGCGAUAUCACUCAGAAGGGUUAUAAUCUAUCCAAGGCUGCUCUCCUUCGAUCACUCCAGUUGAUGCCUACAGAAAGAAAGAUGGGGCUAAAUGAUCUUGAGGAAUCGAGGAAAAGGGACAAAGGGCUGAAAAUCGUCGGAAAGACCAUGCUUUGGCCAAGACCAUCCCAAAGUGACAAUGAAGGCAAAAUAGUAGCUACAGACAAAAUGCACAAUAUAUCUCUACCAGGAUUUGCACCAACAAGUAGCAUUUUGGUGGAAAUGAAGGUAACCAAUGAUUUUUCUCUAAGCUACCGCUCUACAGUAAAACCAAAACCCACAUCUGUUGUCAGAAAUGUGGAUAAAAAGCAUGGAUCUCAGGAUAAAGCCUUGAAUAUCCUUAUGCAGAAAGAAAUCCAGGAAAGGAAAAUUGAACAACGAAAGAAGAAAGAAAUAGAUGUAAAUCCACCAUUUUCUGAGGCAGAUAUAGCAGAAGGUCCAAGAAGAAAAUUACAGUAUUACACUGGAAAUUAUCAAGGCUUUUUGCCCUGGGAAAAACAUAAGUAUUUCCAAGAUCUUCUUGAUGAAGAAGAAUCAUUAAAGAAGGAACUGGCUUAUUUUAUAGAAAGUAAAGUUGUUGGAAGGCAGCUGAAAGAUACAUUUGCUGAUUCCCUCAGAUAUGUAAAUAAGCUUCUAAAUGGAAAAUUUGGAUUCACCUCUCGGAAAGUCCCUGCUCAUAUGCCCCAUAUGAUUGAUCGAAAAGUCAUGCAGGAAUUACAGGAUCUCUUUCCUGAGGAAUUUGACAAGACCUCCUUUCAUAAAGUACGUCAUUCUGAAGAUAUGCAGUUUGCCUUUUCAUAUUUCUAUUAUCUCAUGAGUGCAGUUCAGCAACUCAAUAUUUCCCAGGUUUUUGAUGAAAUUGAUACAGAUCACUCUGGAAUAUUAUCUGACCGGGAAAUUCGUACAUUGGCGACAAGAAUUCAUGAACUCCCUUUAAGUUUGCAGGAUUUGACAGGAUUGGAGCAAAUGUUAAUAAAUUGUUCUAAAUCCCUUCCAUUAAAUAUAACUCAAAUUAACAUCAUACCACCAACUCAAGAAGCAUACUAUGAUCCCAAUCUGAAAAUUUGUUUGUCUUAAUGACAACAUUGAUCACAAUCAUAAGGAUGCCCAGACUGUAAAGGCUGUUCUUAGGGAUUUUUAUGAAUCCAUGUUUCCCAUCCCAUCACAAUUUGAACUGCCAAGAGAAUAUCGAAACCGUUUUCUUCAUACACAGGAGCUUCAGGAAUGGAGAGCCUACAGAGAUAAGCUGAAAUUCUGGACACAUUGUGUACUAGUCACAUUGAUUGUGUUCACAGUCACCUCAUUUUUUGCUGAGCAGCUAAUAGCUCUCAAACGAAAAAUUUUUCCGAGGAGGAGAAUUCAGAAAGAAGUUUGUUACGAACGAAUGAAAGUGUAAAAGAAUGCUUAUUUAUAAAUCAGACUACCUCAACAUGUGAUAAGCAUGUAAAGUCUUCAGUUAUUUCUGGAGAAGUGGUCCCAUUCCCUUAUUGUUGUGUUUCUAUGUGUGAUCCAUGCUACUGAAUUUAGAAAGGGAAAAUAUGUUUGUGAGGCAGGAAGCAUUGCAUUGCCAGAUUUCAAAUGUUUGUGACUCACAAGUGAUCUUCUGAAUGCUUUAUCCUUUUCAUAAAAAGGGUUACUGAAAAAUAGCUGCAUUUAUUGCAGCAUCCAUUGCCAAUGAAAUAUAAUACUGAAAAGUUAGGUUUCUAUUAGAUGUGUUCUAAGCUUCUGUCGCAAGGCUCUUAAUGAACUAUUAACCAUUUGAUUACUUCUUUAAUUAGUUUAUUUUGCUCUCUGAAUAAGAAAAUAUGCAAAUUUGAGUGGUAAUUCUGCAUCCCACUAAUUACAAAGAGCGGGAUGUGGACUAGUAAACAUUGAAAUCGUUAUCACAAGUAUGCCAUGAUAUUCUUUACUGCAGCCAGUUAGAUCGAUAGGACGGUUUAUGUUACUAAUUUCAAGUUCCUUAUCUGUAGAUUACUCCAUAAGAGAAGGAAGAAUGUGAUAUGAAGCCUAAAAGAGAAUCAGUUUCCAGAUGUUUUUAUGAAUAUGGGAGUAGUCUUUAAAUUGACAGAAUUCCCUGGCAGCAUUGGGGCACAACUGGAAUCCUUAUCAGGGUUAGUGUCUGACUGUUUAUCUGUGGGAGCCACUGUGAAUCUUGCACUUGUAACACAAAGGAGCAAAAUUGCUACUUUAGCUUCCCUACUUCCAAUUUAGAUGCCACCUACUUAUUAUAAAGUAUUUAUAUACAAUGGAUUCAACUAUAGAUUAUUUUCUGAAAGAAAAAUUCAAAAUGUCAUUUUUGUUGCUAUAUUUUCUGCAAUUAGGUACAAAAGAAAUUGGUACGUAAAUACUGUUUGAAUCUGUGGUGCCAGUGUAAUGCCUUUGUUGAUCAUAAUGUAAAUUGCUGCUCAAUCGAACUUUUUAGUCACACUAAAAACUGAAUGCCGAAUUAACAUUUAAAAGUUACAAUCUAGUAAAAAGGCUUAGAUGUAACUAUUAUUUAUACAACCAUGUAUAUUUUAGUAGUAAAAAUGCGUGGCUACAUUUUGUCGUACAUUGUAUUGCUUUGUAAGUGCUUUAGCAUGAUAUCGACUUAAUUUCUCAUAUCAUGUUUUUAGAAAACUGAGAUUUCUUCUGUAAUCUGCUUUAUCAGUAAUUUUCCAAAAUCAGGAGGAACAGAAAAAAAGAUAAAUUAAAAAAGAUAUUUUGAAUGGAUUGUCCUCAGUCAUAAAUAACUUUACUAGAGUUUAGAUUACAUCAGUCAUUUUAUAAUAAAGAUAAAAUCUUUUCAUUGUAUAUAUGCUGUAAAAUAUAUAUUUCUUUUAAUAGCAUCACUGAUUUAAAAUGUUUUCUGGAAGAUGUGUCAAAGAAUUAUCAAAGAUUUAAUUUUCUGAAAACUGUUAAAUAUUUCCAAAUAAAAAGGCACCUUUUUCAUUAUCUAGAAAAAAAUAUUAAUUUUAAAUACAAAUAAAUUUCUUUCUGUUUCUGUAAAGUAAUUUCUUUUUAACUUAAAAAAAAACAUUUUACUAAAACCUUAAAAAUUGAAUAAAGGGCUGAAGAGAUUGUAAUGCUAAAAAUGGCAGAGGGAUAAUAAGUAAUAAUAAGAAGGGUAGAAGUAGCUUCUGUAACUAUGGGGCUUUUUUCCCUUUAACUGUAUUCUGUUCUGCACUUUUUCUUUUUCUCCUUUAUUUCUUUUCUUUAUCUACUGCUAUAUGUCUUUUAGCUAUGUAAAAACUUUUAAUAAAAAUGAACAAUAAAAAGUA